CCCGCACCGCCUACAAAAGCCGCGGCGGCGUCUGAGCUCCGGCUGCGCCCGGAGGGUCCCGGCCCCGCUCCAGCAUCAGCCGAACGGAGCCGAGCGGCCAGGGCCUGAACCGAACCGACUGGAAGGUGGGAAGCGCUGCCUGGCCCCGCUGCGUCCCUCCAGAGAGAGAGGGCUGCCAUCCCGACACGGCUGCGCUCUGCCAUGGCUGCGCACCCUGCUGCGGCUGCACCCAGAGGCGGAAGGGAGCAGCCCCCUGAACCAGCUGCGCCUGGAACCGGGAGGGUCCCAAACCCCGACGUGGCUGUGCUCUGAACCCGGAGGGACCCGCGCCCCGAUCUGCCUUCACGCCCCAAACCUCAAGCCAGCUGUGCCCUUAACCAGGAGGGUGCUGUGCCCCAAAGCAUCCUCACCCCUCAACCUGCUGCACCCCGAACCUGGAGGGCGCUGCUCCCCAAAGCAUCCUCACCACGGAGAGUGCUGUGUCCCAGGGAGUGCUGUGCCCCGAAACAUCCUCACCCCAAACCUGCCGUACCUUAAACCCAGAGGGUUCUGUGCCUCAAAGCAUCCUCGUACCCAGUCUGGCAGUGCCACGCCGCAAUGGAUGAUUCCCCGCCGCUGGAAGCAGAGCUGGAGCACCCGUGGCUGCUCAACACUUCCCUGAACGAGUCCUCUGCCAACCAGUUCAUCCAGCCCCCGUGGCAGGUGGCCCUGUGGGCCGUUGCCUACGCCCUCAUCGUGGUGGUGUCGGUGGUGGGGAACGUGGUGGUGAUGUGGAUCAUCUUGGCUCACAAGAGGAUGCGCACCGUCACCAACUACUUCUUGGUGAACCUGGCUUUCGCUGAAGCCUCCAUGUCUGCCUUCAACACGGUGGUGAACUUCACUUACGCCAUCCACAACGAAUGGUACUACGGGCUGCUCUACUGCAAGUUUCACAACUUCUUCCCCAUCGCCGCCGUCUUCGCCAGCAUCUACUCCAUGACAGCCAUCGCCCUGGACAGGUACAUGGCCAUCAUCCACCCGCUGCAGCCCCGGCUCUCAGCCACCGCCACCAAGGUGGUUAUUGGUGUCAUCUGGCUCCUGGCCUUCCUGCUGGCCUUCCCACAGGGCUACUACUCGGUGAUGGAGGAGCUGCCGGGCCGGCUGGUGUGCCUGGUGGCGUGGCCAGAGCACAGCACCAACGUGUAUGGAAAAACGUAUCACUUCUGCAUGACUGUCCUGAUCUACUUCUUGCCACUGCUGGUGAUAGGCUGCGCCUACACUGUGGUCAGCAUCACCCUCUGGGCAAGUGAGAUACCCGGUGACUCCUCCGACCGCUACCACGAGCAGGUCUCGGCAAAGCGGAAGGUGGUGAAGAUGAUGAUUAUCGUGGUGUGCACGUUUGCGCUGUGCUGGCUGCCCUACCACAUCUACUUCACCCUGCAGUAUUUCAACCCUGAGUGGUACCUGCAGAAGUUCAUCCAGCAGGUCUACCUGGCCGUCAUGUGGCUGGCCAUGAGCUCCACCAUGUACAACCCCAUCAUCUACUGCUGCCUCAAUGACAGGUUCCGUGUGGGCUUCAAGCAUGCAUUCCGGUGGUGCCCGUUUGUCAGCGCUGGUGAGUACGAGGGCCUGGAGAUGAAGUCAGCCAGGUACCUGCAGACACAGAGCAGCAUGUACAAGGUCAGCCGGAUAGAGACCACCGUGUCCUUGGCAGUCGGUGCAGCCGAGGAGGAGCUGGAAGAGAGCAAAAAGGGCAAACGUCUCUCUGUAGACAUGACCUCCAAUGGCUCCUCGCGCAGUGACUCCAAAACUGUCUCUGAAAGCUUCAGCUUCUACUCCAACACACUCACCUAAGUGGCUCCCAAGCUCCGUUCGCCACCCAUCAGGAUGCUGCCAUCCCUUUCUCUCACUGGGAUGCUCCAGUGCGUGGUCCACUCAGCAUCAUCACCUUGGUUUGUAAUGUACCAGCUUCUCUCUGUGCUGUUUUAUCAUCUCUUGCCGUGAUGCUGCUCACCUGUGAUCCUUGUGUGAGCCUGAGAGCAAAAGCUUUAGACUGGUUUCAUGUGCUCCAUCACGGCUCAUGUCCAAACACAAGCAAGGUUUUUCUGGCCUCUGCGUUGCUCUCUGCCUCUCCAACCUGCCACGAGCUGGCAGGCUGCAGAAACAGAACAGAGCUGGGUUCUUCUCUUACACCAGGAGUACAGUGCUGGCAGGCACUUCCCUGCUCUCUGUGAGGCAGCAGGUGUCUCUCAGUGCAUCCAUCCUCCGCAAAAGAACCAGGCUUUCCUGCCCCAAAUUUAAUUUCAUUCUGUCCUUCUCAGUUGAGUAUCCAGAGAGGUAUUCAAGACCAAAAUCAAGCAGAAAUGCUGCUUUCAACUCCAGGAGCCCAAACAUCCUUGUGGCACCACCGGCCACUCAGUGCUUCGGCUGAACGUGGUGGUUUUGCAGUCUCAGCUCAUCUCCAGCACCCGCUAUUCUGCAGAGAGCCACUCCAGAACACAGCUCAGCUCCUCAAAACAGGGCUCAUGAAAAGGGUUUCAGAACUAAGCCAGGCUUUGGUUGACAUUAGUCAUCCAUCUGUACCAAAAUCAAUCACUGUGAUUUUAUACUGGGCCUAAGGCAAUACGUCAUGCAUAGGUCUUGGAAGACUGUGGAGGUCUGGAGAAGAGCUGACUGAAUGUACUGAUGAGUAUUUUCACAACCUGGAAGUGCCUGCAGCUGCCCAGAAAGGGGCACAGUAGGUUUCCAUAGGAAAAAAAAAAGCUUUGCCAAUAUAAGAUGUUGGAAGGGUGACAUGAAUUUUGCAGAAAUUUUGACUCAGGGGAGAGCUGAAACGAUUCACUUCCACGUUCUGCAUUUUGUUUUAAUCAGGGAAACGUUUCUCUUUUCCUCUCCCUGGCUUGUGUAUGAAACAUUAUGAUGUGUAACUUGGAUAUUUGUUAUGUUUUAGUCCUGUUCUGAUGGAGCAAUUUUCAGUGGGCGCUGUUCUCAGCAGGGGCUCCUUUGAUCAGUAAAUGUAUGAAAGGGGGAAAAAAUGAAAUAAAAUGAGAAGUUGGCAAACACUGCUUGUUAGGAACAAACCCACCAGUCUGGGGGCUGUUGUAUUGACUGCUCCUUCCUGCUGGCGUAAUCUCUCACUUUUUGGCACAGAAAUCAGACUUCCAAAGUGGGUUGAGCUUUGCUACAAGCUCCACAGGUGCUGUGCUGCCAAUACAUGAGAAGGUGCUACAAACCAGAGCCAAACUGAUUUACUUCCAGCUGCCAACCCAAAGUCAAGGCAAAAAUGAAUGUCUCAAAGUGCACUGGAGAGCCAGCGAGUAAGGCCAGCAGAGAUCUGGUCUGCACGCACCAUCCUUGAGCACACAAGUUUGUGUUAGCUUCUGAGCUUACAGAAGUCAGCAUUCAAAUACACAGGAAAUAACCAGGCAGCCUUUUUUCUCCUCUGUGUCUGAUGCCCUAAGGAUGCUGUGAUCAUGAGAUGUGCAGAGAAAUGACAGCCAUCUUCUCGCAAGCAAUGCUCAGCUUGAAACAUGGGAUCAUCCCAAGAGGGUGCGUGGAGACCUCAAUUCAAGAUGACAGCUUACAGCUUGAAAUGCCUCUUGUGCAUCUUGUAGAAAGCUGCCUCUUGAAAUAAAGCAGACAGAAUUCCCACCAGUUACAAACUGGGAUGUCCAAGCAGGCAGGAAUACACCUAGGGGAAGUUUUCAUCACGUGGAGGCCAACGCAGGAAAAGGAAAAUGCUCUGGGUAAAUGGGUACAUGUCCAAAGCCAAGGGCUCUUCCCCUCUGCAAGUGCCAAGUUGUCUCACCAGUGGAGGUGGGAACCAGGAUAAGGCUAUUUUCACAUUUAGGCUCCAGGCCAACCUGCAAGAUGGCGUGUUAGGAGCAGGGCUGUGUCCAUGCUGAUGAUGUGCUGCUUUCACCAACCUUGGCAUGUUCUCUGUCUGCAAAAGCCACAGUGAAUUCCUCUUGAAGACUGAGAGGCCCAGAAAAAGCCUCACCUGCCUGGGGAGGGGAUGAGACCUCUGGUCAUGCCAUGAGCCCAGCUGCUGCAGUAUGUCCAGCUUUCCUUUCAGAUGGCUCAGCAGUGAUACAGAGGCUUUUCCUACUUUGUUAACCCUGGUUUUCUAGUUUACUUUCAGAUCUCUGAUUAGAAAUUCAAUUGCAAAGCGAGAGAGUUUCUUUGUCUCUUUCCUGAUUCUCUGAAAUGCAAAAUAAUAGCAUCUGGAGAGAAUUACUCAGCAGGCCUGCACGCAUCCCUCUGCCAUCCCCUCCUUGGAGGCACACAGAUUACUCCUGUCAUCAUUAAGGGGAGCUGCAAAAGCCCAGUUCCAGUGCACUCCAAGCCAAAACCAUUGCAGAAGAGAGUUCUGAAGCCCAAAUCCCAGCCUGAAGCCAUCUCCUCCUCCCCAGAGGAUUGACAGAAACUCAGAUUUGCUUUCUGGCACUCCAAAAUCCUUCAGUCCCUCUAGCUCCCAGCAGAGCAAGGGGCAAGAAAACCCUGUCUCCAUAUGGACCUCGAGGCCUACUCAGCUGCUCCAGAAUACAACAUGAACAUGCUGUAACCAUUUCUCUCCCACCAGCCUGUAAUAACAAACAGCAAAAGCCACACUAGAUCCUACGUGCCAGAAAAACUAGGCAGCUCUGUGAGUGUGGAAGUCAAUGGGAAGCAGCUGAUACAAACCCCUUUAGUUUGCAGCGGACAGCUGGUAGACAAGAGUGCCCAUCCACCACUUUUCUUUGGUUAUUCUUAUUUUGCCAUCCCUCAAGAGAUACUGUGGCUGCGUGGCGCAGCCAGCCAGGAUACUGACUGGGAUGGAAGCAGACAAUCUGCUGUUUGCUCGGAAUUUAUGCAGGACUGAUCAUUUUUUUAAGCUUCCUGUGUCCUAGUUGGAUUGCUCCUGCAAGACCAUGCAGCCAAAGCACAAGAACACCUGAUUUUUGCUUGCUAUUAAUAAUUCUAGAAACAAAACCCAACCGCACAGCUCUCAGGCUUCAGAAACCUGUUAAUCUAAUCACAUCAUCCUGUCUCCCUUUCCCCCCCCAAAUCUGUCUCCAGUUGAGUAAUUCACACUGUGGUUUUAAUGAAAAGCUUAACAUCCAACUGGCCCCUUCUCUCAUGGCUUAUCCGCCCAAAAUACCAUCUCUGUUGGAGACUGUAACCCAUCAGUGAAAUGUGCUCGCUGGGGCAUGUCAGAGCAGGGACAAUGAAUCCCAGCAGCUGCUGAGGGCACGAGAAGACUCUCGGGUGUCUCUGCCCUUAACCUUUCCAUGCCAGACAAAAGGCUUCCAGUUUCAGUGCAAUACAAUAUGCCUGAGGCCAGGAGGGAUACGAAGGGACGAGCUGGGCUGCAGUGUACAUUAAGGGUUUUGGUAUUUGGUGUGGUGCAGCGCAUAGGAGCUUUGAGUGAGGUUCCUCCCGUGGUAGCACCUCUAUACAGCAAAAGCUUCUCUACACAGACCCCUCCUGUUCCAAAUGGUCUCUCUAAUUAUUGGGUUUGUUAAGUCCCGGUGGAUUUUCAUAAAUAAAUGUUUCUUUUUCUGAGGCUGUGUUGCAACUGCUUGAUGAGCCCGCAGAUGUGGGAGGCAGGGACCAGCAGCACAGUGGGAGUGGGGCAGAAGGGGUGAACCAAAAGCAGGUUGUAAUUUGUAGUUCUUAAUUAGAGGAGCAUUGCUGAGACACAUUUGAUUAGCAUCACUGAAGGCCCUGUCCCAUAUGCCUAUUGAGCCCUGUUUCUUUAUUUCCAUGGGUUACUUUAUCAUGCAAAGGGGGGAGGAUGAAUAGUGUCACACAUUGCUGCUGUGCUCCCAGAGAAGCCUCUCUGCAGUGGGAAAGUGUGAGCUGAUCCCACUUCUCAGUGAGAGUCAGCUCGCCUCAUCCAAACGUGAGGUCAGCACCAGCACAUCGCCCGUCCCAAAGGGGUUCCUAUCAGUUCCUAAAUGCGCUUGCACAUGACAGGAACGCUAUAAGACAGGUUUGCUAUAAGAAAUACUCACUGUCACAGUGAUCUGCUGCACAAGUCAUAUAGGCAAAUCCAACUUUCUCAUGCCCUGGUCCAUAGCAGUUUGCUCAUUUCCUUCCCCUGCAAUCAGAUAUGGCAACCUCCAAAUCAAAAGUGCCCCGGUGGGUUUGCAUCAAGCUGGAGGCUCUGGGGAGGAUUUAAGGAGACAGACAAAGGGAUUGUGCUCUGUAUUUGCUGCCUGGCAAAGUACCGCAGAGCUCUUCUCUAUCAGUAUCCUGCUUCCCCAGCUGAGAGCUCUGCUGCUUAUUGCAUGCCAUUACCCUCUGGCACAGCACCCAGCACGCGAUGGCAGUCAAUGCAGUACCUGCAAAACCCUCUGGUCUCAUUAGAAGAGCAAAGCCCAGGUGUGAAGCUGAGACAAGAGGUCAAGCUGAGAUACAGCAGUGAAAGCAGGACGAAGCACGAGCACACCAGAGCAGCUGCCCAGAACAGCAGCUUGUUUGCACCUGCACGCUUGUCUUUUUAUAGCUGCUGACAGCCAUCCCGGCAGGUAGUGCAGACAUCAGUGACACCAUCAGUCUGAUUAUUCGCUACGGCAAAGACACAAGUUCAACUUAAUUAACGUUUCUGGAUUCCACAACGCCUGGCAUAAAUGUUUGCUUAAUGCACGAGUCAAAAAUAUCCCCAGAAAAUGAAAAUGAGGGAUAGUUAAUUGCUUGCUGCUGUGCACCAGUGGGCAAACUGGGGUUUCCAUAGCACCAAACGGUGUGUUGGAUCAUUAUGCCGAAGAGCUGGAUGAGAAACAACUUAAGUGUGAAGUGUAUGGAGGAAAGAGGGUUCUUCACGUUUUUCAUCUGACCUCAUGACUUCCCCACUUCAAUUUCUGCACGGAUCACGGUGGAUUUUGGUUUCCCUCUCACAAAUGGGGCUACCCAGUGAAUUACAGACGCCACUUCAACGCGGCCUGGUGGUUUAGACAAGCAAUUACGUUUUAUUACUGAGCUAAAUGAAUCAAGCAUUAGCUAAUGAAAGAUCUGAGAACCUGCAGUGGCGAUUCAGAAAAUCACCCCAAUCCAAUUGCAAGUGUGAAAUGAGGAUUAAGAGCAGUUCCCAUAUUCUUGGCGCAUCCAAGUAAACACAUCAAAAGGGCUUUGCAUCAGCAAGACACAAACACCUGAGAAGCAACUAAGGAAGGGAAGGGAGUAGGUGAGAGCAAUUACCGCUAAGUAGGAUGCUUGAGCGUGGUGAUGACUCUAAUGGGUUUGAUUAAAAGUCAAAUGUGAUUAAUUUGAGCAAUUUGAUGGGCAGAGAGGUGUCACAGAGGGGUCUGGUAUGCCCUGGUGUGACUGCUGUUCUCACAGUGUGGCACCAGGUUGUUCAAGGCCUCAUCCUGGAAGAUCUCCCAGGACAGAGAUCCCCACUGGGAACAGCUUCUCAUGCCACAACCAGUGUACCCACAGGAACAGCCCGUGCUGAUCCUGCUUUCCCCCUUCACUUUCAUAUAAGCAGUUAUAUGUUUUCCAACCAAAACAUUCUGCCUACAGAAGGCUGAAGUGUCAAGAAACACACGCUUCUCCUGAAGGGCAUAACUGCGCUGAACAGCAGCGUUUCACACUCCUGAGCAUGCAAAACACUUCCAAAAAUAUGAUUCCCAUUUAUUGCAAAGCAGGUUGUGCUGUCCAGGUUGAUUAAAAAGGUUUCAUGGAGGUAAUGAGAGACAUUUUCAACAGUGAAAGGAGAAAGCAAAGAUGCGCUGUUCUGAACCACUCUUCCUUCUGUGGAGGCAUGCAGCCAUGAUGACAACAGCAGAUAAUAUCCGUAUUGAGGGAUGUGUAGUUGAUUAUGGCAAGCUGGUAAUGAUACAAAAGCUUUCCUGAUGCAUGGUGUAAUCAAAUGGCUGCAAAUCUGCAUUUAAAUUGAGGAAUUUAGGAAUCCUCACCCCCAAAGAGCAACGGGUCUCUUUGAAUGACACUUCUGGUAACUCAGCCUUUAGAAGAAAACAAAGAUUACACGUGAUUUCAACCUCCCCAAUGGCAGUCCUGCUGCCUUUCCUGCUGAAAGGCUGAGAUUGAUACCCACAUCUGAAUUGGAGCACAGCAAUAACCCUCCAGCCGCACUCGCCGGAGCUGAGUCCCUCUUAGAUGGAGUUAAGACUUUGCCUUGCAGCACCAACAUUACCGUGUUACAACCUCCCACCACAAAACCCCCAGAUGUUUGACACCUGUACAGUGCUGGCAGUCACUGUCCACACUGGGAGUUGACCAGCAGCAUAAAAAGGCAGCAGAGGCACACAAGGCACAUGUCCAGAGAUAUCAGAGUUGCUCAGCAUGCCUAGGAGAUGGAGUACACAGCAAUAAGUCUCUACAGAUCAUCUCAGGUCCAAGAUGCUCUCCCCAGAUCCAUCAACAAAGUCCUUCCUUUUGAGGAGUGCACCUUGCUCUGCGCAUGCUAAGAAGUGGGGCAAGGUGAGCUGUCCUGCUCAUCAAACUGUCUCAUUUUCUGCCCUGCUCUACAGAGGUGUGGGCCAUUCAAAGCACUUUCCAGGGUGUUCGUGCCUCUGGAAACACCAGUCCAGCUGGCAGCCCAUGCAAAGACUCAGAGCUUGGCAACUCACUCUUUCCCCCUUGGAUAGAGGGAAUCACCGAGCUUGCCCUCUCACAAUCAGAUUGUGUGCACCAUCCUGCUCUCCCCUGUGCGCAUGAAGCCAUGGGAGCUCAGCACUGCUGUAACCCCUCAUUAACUAUCACCAACACUGUUUGAAACUGCUAAGACUCCUAAAGGACAACAUAAAUUGGCCUGAAUAAGCAAGCCUCCAUUCCAGCCGGACUGCUGCGGGCACUAUCA